AGCGUCCUUGGGCUGAGGAGCGGGUGGAAGGAAUCGGCAGGAAGAACCAAAGCGAUGACGAUGACCCCCAAAAGAAAAGGACCCGAGGACGAGUCCCAAACCACCUUCCUCGAGCUGCUCAAACUCUCUCGGGCCGAACCUGCCAAAGAGACCAAAGGAGGUAGUAAUGCUGUGACCAGCAGUGGAGUCAGCACUACAGUCAUCACUUCCGUUGGAGCCAGUCGUAGUCAAGAUAUUGCAUUGGUUGGACCCCCUGACCAUCAGUAUCCUCACCACUUACCAGGGGAAGACUUAAGAAAUUAUGCAUAUGAAGGCGAUGGAUCUUCUUCAGGAUCUCUUUCUUCUACUAUAUCUGGUUUAAGAACCGAAUUAGAACGCGAUGAACCAGGCAGAGUUACAGCUGCCGAAUUUGCUGAAGUAAUGGACCUUUUGAAGAACCUUCCAGAGCCUCCAAAAUCCUCUAUCCUUCUCGCCAGACUCAAAGAAAAACGAACUUCAGCGAAGGAAGUCAGCGACCCCGAAGACAUAUCCAAGGUGUCAAUGGGGUCAUCAAGGAAGAGGGAGCUUCAGAAUACCGAGCACUGUCAAAACUCCUCUUCUUCGUCUCCUCCAACUGCGUCUUCAGGGUCUUUUCCUGGCCCUCCGAAGGAAAAGAGGAAUAUCUAAGAGGCCUCCUUCCGCCAAAGGUACCCAGUUGGUCUGUAGUCAAGAUGAACUCAUUGCAGCCUGUUAGUGACAACCUUGUUAGUUUAAUCAUUUUUUAUUUAAAGCAGGAAAAGUUUAGCGUUUUAGUUGUAAACAGACGAUUUAUUUUAGCAUAAAAUUCAACCAAAAAGAACUGGCAAUAUUGGUUAGUAUAAAGUUUAUAUAUAAAAAAAUGUACAAAUAAUUAAUUUAGUUUAGCACAAAAAAAUGUUUGCAAUUUUGAUAUUUUUACCAAGCCUAGUUAUAUCAUUUGUGUACUACGAGAUUUUUUCCACAAAAUUGAAUAACAUUUAGAUGUUUUAUACCUUUAUAU